AUGGAGGUUGAGGAACCCUCUUCUCCACCUGCUCGCAUCUGCUACGUUGCCUCGGAACACUUGGCAAAGGUGUCGUCUUUGCUCCCUUCAAACCGAAACCGCUCCUUGGUCGUGCAUGGCCUUAUCACAGCCCUUGGUCUACUUCGCAAACCACCAGAAACGUCUGAAUUCCUCCCCCAUGUCGAAGUUUUGCGACCUCCGCUCGCUUCCCGAGAAGAGCUAGCUAUUUAUCAUCGGCAGGACUACGUCGAUUUCCUUCUCAAUGCUGAGAAUCACAAUUCUCUUUCAAACCCUACUCAUAGUCAAGCUGGCAUAGACUUCGGUCUUGAAGAGGACUGCCCUCCCUUUCGGGGACUGUCAGAAUAUGCGUCGGCGGUGGCAGGGGCUUCCUUGACUGCUGCCCGUGCUCUCGUGAAUGGAAUAUGUGACGUCUCCAUGUGCUGGGAUGGUGGAAGGAAAGAGCAUCUCUCAGACGUGGUCGAAAGGGUUGAUACAAUGCUGAUACUUCUUGUCGACAGGCAUCAUGCCCAUAAAGGACAAGCAUCAGGAUUCUGCUACGUCAACGACUGCGUCCUCGCUCUCCUCGUCCUCAAGCGCUGCCGCCUUCCUAUUGAUCUUAAAAAUCUGAGCCCGGGGAAACGAAAAGCUCGUAUAUUAUACCUCGACUUCGAUCUGCAUUUCUCUGAUGGCGUUUCCUCUGCAUUCGUCGAGUCAUCUUCCACGAAGAACCCGCAGAUCUUGACGUUCUCUCUUCACCAUGCAUCUCCUGGGUUCUUCCCCGUUUCUUCUCUCUCGUCUCUCCCAGAUCCCUCUGAUCCCUCUUUUGACCCCUUCACGCUAUCGCUUCCGCUCCAUGCCGGUGCCUCUGCUCGGACGGUCGCUCGAGUAUGGAACUCUGUCGAAGACAUUAAGGACGCCUUUCAACCGGAUUUUGUGAUUCUCCAGUGUGGCGCGGAUGGUUUGGCGGGUGAUCCCUGUAAGGUAUGGAAUUGGGAGCUGGGUGGUGAAGGAGGUAUGGGCUGGUGUGUCCAUCGAGUUGUGACACAGUGGCAGAAAAAGGUUCUGCUGCUUGGUGGAGGGGGAUAUAAUACACCUAACACUGCGCGAGCAUGGGCAUACCUCACAUCAAUAGCGUGUGGUAGAAGAAUCCCUCUCGAUACCCACAUACCCGAUCAUGGCGCGUUUCCCUUGUACGGGCCAUCUUUCACCUUAGAUGUUCCCGCAGGGAACGUCAGCGACCAGAAUUCUACUGCAUAUCUCGACGAGGUUCAAAGCGUAUUCGAAGUCGUAGCACAACAUAUUCGACAGAGGGUAUCCUCGUGA